AUGCUUUGGGGAUGUGUUGGGUCCUCUGAAGCAGUUGAGUUUCUGGGUGUAUGGGAAAAAGGCUUUGGAUUGAGCACAAGGUACGAUGAGAUGUUGGAGAAGGUGCUGAAGGAGCACGAGCACAAAGCAUUAUCACGUGCCAAUGGACAUCAUAGUGAUGAAGAAAGUGAAAUGGAUUUGAUGGACAUUCUGCUACAAGUUUACCAUGAUGCUCAUGCGGAGUUCAAGAUCACAAGGACUCAUAUUAAAGCCUUCUUCUUGGACCUCUUCAUUGGAGGCACAGAUACCUCAGCAGAAGCCAUGCAAUGGGCAAUGGCUGAGCUCCUCAACCACCCUGAAGCCUUUCAAAAGGUGAGAAAGGAGAUAGAGUUGGUGACUGGCAAUGCCAGGCUAGUUGAUGAUUCAGAUGUUCCCAACAUGCCAUAUUUGCAAGCAGUUGUGAAGGAAACACUAAGACUCUACCCACCAGGACCAGUCACAACAAGAGUGUCGCCAACACUGCAAGAUUAA